AUAAGGCGACGAGCUGAAAAUUAGCGCUCAGUUGUCGCGGGCGACACGCUAGAGAUGCAUACGAGGCACGCUGUGGCCGUCUUCCUGCUGGCUGCUACUGAACUAUCAGUUUCACAGAAUAAAGAAUGUUUUCCUGACAAGUGUCACAACUAUGCCAUGUUGAGGUACUACCGGGAACUGACUUGCCAUCCUUAUAACAACAGUGAUGCCUGUUGUCCAGCUGCCUUUGACUGUAGUUUUCUUGAUGUAAUAGAUGACAAAAAGUGCCAGUACAAAGGAAUAGUUUAUGAGAAAGGAACAGUUCUUUAUGAUGAAGUUGAAGAUCCAUGUGCUGCAGAAUGCCGCUGUACAGAAACACUGAAUGGUGUUUCUUUUGAGUGUACAGGAGUUGUAUGUCCAGAAGCUGAAGUUUAUGGACAGCUACCACCCAACUGUUUUCUGAAAUUUGAUGCAACUCAUUGCUGUGCUACAGGACUUCACUGUUUGCCAGAUGGCAAUGAAGAAGAAUUAGAAACUGAGCCAACAAUGAAGUGCAUUUAUAAUGGAUAUGAACAUACAGAAGGACAGUACCUAUCAGUUGACUAUCCUCUCUGUGUAGUGUGUGUUUGUGAAAAGGGCUUUGAUGGAACACUGAAUGGACCAUGGUGCCAUAAGUACACCUGUGACAUGAUGAUUCGGUUCAAAGUCGCUCAUCUGAAACAUUGUGCUCCCAUUUUUGCAGAAGAAUUCAGCUGUUGCCCUCAUGCACUUCACUGUCCUGUAGGCUCAGAUUAUGUUCUUCAGUCCUCGAAUCAUACAUCUUCAGCAGAUGAACUGCACUGCUCCUUUGGACAUCUAAAACUCAGACGAGGAGAUCAGCUAGUGAGCCCUGGUAUUUGCGUGAAGUGCAGAUGUGAUGUACCACCAUUUGUAACUUGUUAUUGGCAUAGAUACGAAGGUUGCAAAUUUCCAAAUGCUAAUAUGUAUGGAGCCAGGUGAUGGAUCUCUGACAGAGAAGUGAUGAACAACCACUAACUGUAACUUACUGUAAUAUCAUCUUAUAUUAAUUUAUGUUGUAAAUAAGUAAUAAAAUAGAAAGAACAUCAAAAUCCCUUUCUACAUUAUUAUUUCUCUUUCCUGUCUCAAACGUUAUGUCUGGUUAAAAAUGGAAAGUGACGUGGACCUUGAUCAAGCGUGACUUCCUUUUAACUGUACAAUAUAUGUUAUAUUGCAUUUAGGAACUUUUGGGUAAUUGAACAUGUAUCAAUAAUUACAGAUUUCUGUAGUUGUAUAUAUAUGUUUGGAUGUAGCUGUAUUGUGUUGAUGUACUGGUGGAUAUUGUGUGGCAUGACUCCUGUAGUUGAUAGUAUAAUUGGUAUGAUGUCAACUUUAUCCUGAUGCCACAUGUCUUUGACUUCCUCAGCCAGUUGGAUGUAUUUUUAAAUUUUUUCUCCUGUUUUCUUCUGUAUAUUUGUUGUAUUGGGUAUAGAUAUUUCGAUUAGUUGUGUUAAUUUCUUCUUUUUAUUGGUGAGUAUGAUGUCAGGUUUGUUAUGUGGUGUUGUUUUACCUGUUAUAAU